UAAGCACCACUAACAUCCAGCUCUGGCUAUUCUUACAGCUUCAACUCGCACUUCACGACAUUAGCGAACCGCAAGACAUCAAACAUGUUACUUUCUUCUCUGCGGACAACAAUCUUGUGCAGUUGCAGAAGGGCAGGACAUGGAUUUCAACACAGCAGCCGGAGUCCGCAGCUGCGACACUGGCUUGUGAAGAGAGGUCAGAGCACCAUCGCAGCAGAGGCGGGGGCCUCCUCUGCUGCGGCGGCAUCUACGGUCCCAAACGCGGCCACGAAUCGCAUACUAGGUCGCUGGUUACUCGGCUGCAGCGGACUGGUGGUUGGGGCUAUUGUCUUGGGGGGUGUCACGAGGCUAACAGAAUCCGGGCUUUCUAUGGUGGACUGGCAUCUGGUGAGAGAGAUGAAGCCCCCUCAGUCGCGAGCCGAGUGGGAGGCUGAGUUUUCUAAGUACCAACAGUACCCUGAAUUCAAAAUAAUGAACCAUGACAUGACUCUGCAAGAGUUUAAGUUUAUCUUCUACAUGGAGUGGGGUCAUCGUAUGUGGGGAAGGCUGGUUGGACUGGCGUACAUCCUCCCUACCGUUUACUUCUGGAGGAAAGGAUACUUCACUCGCUCCAUGAAGGGAAAAGUGCUUGGGCUUUGUGGAUUUGUCUUCUUCCAGGGUCUUCUGGGGUGGUACAUGGUAAAAAGCGGUCUGGAGGAGAAACCCGAGUCUCAUGACGUCCCGCGGGUCAGCCAGUAUCGCCUGAGUGCUCACCUCGGUUCGGCCUUGUUGCUUUACUGCGCCAGUCUCUCGACAGGACUCACUCUGCUGCUGCCUGCACACAAGCUCGCAGAAACCAAACGUCUCAUGCAGCUUCGGAGGUUUGCCAAGGGUACUGGUGGACUCGUCUUCCUCACUGCUCUUUCUGGUGCCUUUGUUGCUGGUUUGGAUGCUGGGCUGGUGUACAACUCAUUCCCUAAAAUGGGAGAUCGGUGGAUCCCAGAUGAUCUGCUGGCUUUCUCUCCACCACUCAAGAACUUCUUUGAAAAUCCCACGACUGUGCAGUUCGACCACAGAAUGUUGGCGAUCUCUUCUUUGACCGCAAUCACAGGCCUGUAUCUGUUCUCACGGAGGAUGCUGCUACCCAGGAGGGCCAAGAUCGCCAUCAGCCUCCUCGCGGCAAUGGCCUAUGGACAGGUUGCCCUCGGUAUCAGCACCCUGUUGCUGUACGUCCCUACUCCACUGGCAGCGACUCACCAGUCUGGAUCAGUUGCUCUUCUCUCACUGGCCAUUUGGGUUCUGGCAGAGCUCCGCAAGAUGCCCAAGUAAAGGCCCACUGCGUUGUGGACAAAACAAUCCCGACCAGCUACACAUCAAGCCUCUAAGAGCCAGCAAUGUCAUGAUGAACAAGUCCUUCUGAGAGAAAACUGAAAAAACCAAUGCGUUGAAAAUGUAAAAAUGUUUUAUUUAACAUUUGACUAUUAUGCAUAAUUACGCUGAAGCAUCUCCUGUGGUGCUGCAGUGUAGUCCUCACAUGGUAACACUUAAGUAUUUCAGCACACUGUUAUGAAAGCAGUGUUAUGAGUGUUGAUAAUUACACAUACAUCAAGGCUGUCAAUGGGGAACUGUCUGAAGCAUUUAUUGAUGCAUUUUAUCAUCAGAAGAUCACAACUUUAUGUGAAGUCUUUUGUUUUACAAGGAAUCAAACACGUGCAAAGCAAAAUCAAGCACAUGUAAAGUUUCUAUCCACUUUUAAUGAAACAUCGACCACAGGAUUUCCAGUGAAUACGUGUUAUGAAUUUGGUUUGCAGCCAGCCAAAAUUCUGCAGCAAUAUAUUGAAUAGUCUUUUUGAUCUUGUACAGGAUGUUUUGGUUGCUCACCUCUUGCCUUGUGUCUGGUCAUACAUGGUUAGUUGUGGCUGUUGGGUUCAUGUGUAAAAUAAUGUAUAUUUAAGUUAUGAAUCUUUUCUUGGUGACAGGAUGAUGAAUGAAAAGGUGUACUUUGUCUUAUUUGUAUUAAAGACAUGUAUGUACUGUCUUUAAAAUUCAAA